CUCGACAAUUUAAAGGGGAGAGAGAGAGAGAGAAUCUGGUGCCAGCGAUGAUGUAGAAGGAAGGCUGAAAGCUUUGUCUGAGGUCAAAGCUGGCAUUUCUUGUUUAAAGCCAGCCCCCCUCUCCUCUCCUCUAAUCUUCUCUCCUAUUUACUUGAACACGCUACUCUACGCAUUCCUCUUCAUUUCUCUCAGAUUUGCAUUUCCUUCCCUCUCCAUAAGAGGGUAAAUUCACAUUAAGAUGUGAGAUGUUUUUCACCCAUAUAUAAUCUCAUACUACUGCAGCAAGAGCCGCUCAUUGUUAUCUGCAAUAUUCAUCAAUGGCUGUAGCAUCUCCGUCUCCCCCCGCCGGAGAGAAGAAGCACUGGUGGCUUACCAAUAAGAAGAUGGUGGAGAGGUACGUGAGGGAAGCGAAAAUGUUGAUUGCCACACAAGACGAAAGCGAGAUUGAGGCGGCGUUGGGCCUUUUAGAGGCUGCGCUGGCUCUGGCGCCGCGCAUGGAGGUGGCGUUAGAGCUGAAGGCCCGAUGUUUGCUGUAUCUCCGGCGGUUUAAGGAGGUGGCGGAUAUGCUGCAGGAUUAUAUCCCCAGCUUGAAAAUGGUGACCUCCGAGGAUACGCCUUCGUCGGGGUCGUCGGAUACCUCGUCGUCUCAACUAUCGAGGGAAGUAGUCACUCUCCUUUCAACCAGUCGGAACGAGCCGGCAUUCAAGUGUUUUUCUGUCUCGGAUUUGAAAAAGAAGGUGAUGGCUGGUUUGUUCAGAAACGUGGAGAAAGAUGGACAAUGGAGGUAUUCGGUUUUAGGUCAAGCAUGUUGCCACCUAGGCUUAAUGGAGGACGCGAUGGUGCUCCUCCAGACCGGUAAACGCCUUGCAACCGCCGCAUUCCGCCGCGAAAGCAUUUCUCUAUCCGACGACAUCUUCUCGUUCACCAAAUUCCCACUGUCCGGCAAAAAUUCCACCAAUAAUCAGCCCCAAACCCCUCCCAGGACUGAGUCUGAGAGCAUCACUCACCUCCUCUGCCACAUCAAGCUCCUCAUCCGCCGCAAGACUGCAGCAAUCGCCGCCCUCGACGCCGGCCUCUACUCAGAAGCCAUUAGACAUUUCUCGAAAAUCUUAGACGGCCGCCGUGGAGCUCCUCAAGGGUUUUUAUCUGAGUGCUACGUGCACCGUGCCUCAGCUUAUCGGUCGGCUGGAAGAAUAGCGGAGGCAAUAGCGGAUUGCAACAGGGCUUUGGCGCUGGACACCUCUUGCAUUGAUGCUCUGGCGCUAAGGGCGACUUUAUUCGAAACCAUAAGGUGUUUGCCAGACAGUCUUCACGAUCUGGAGCAUUUGAAACUGUUGUAUAAUUCAAUUCUGCGUGACAGAAAAAUGCCGGGACCUGUUUGGAAGCGACAAAGCGUUCAGUACAGGGAAAUCCCAGGAAAAUUGUGUUCAUUGGCGUCCAAGAUCCAGCAGUUAAAGCAAAGGGUUGCCGCUGGUGAAACUGGGAAUGUAGAUUAUUAUGCAUUAAUUGGACUGAGAAGGGGGUGCUCCAGAUCAGAAUUAGAAAGAGCCCACUUGCUGUUGACACUUAAACACAAACCUGACAAAUCGUCAAGUUUCAUUGAGAAGUGCGAGUUUGCUGAUGAGAAGGACGUGGAUUCAGUGAGAGACCGGGCAAGAAUGUCCGCGUUAUUGUUGUACAGAUUGAUCCAGAAGGGGUAUACCAAUGUAAUGGCAACAAUUUUGGAUGAAGAAUCCGCCGAGAAGCAAAGAAAGAAGGCGGCAGCCGCCUUGCAGACUGCGGUUCAAGCUCAACAGUCUACCGAGCAACCGUCGGUUGUCAGAGUGGAGGCUAUUCAAGAACUUGCCAGUGGCAAUAAUAACAGUAAUAGGAUUGAGCAAAAGCCGGCUGUUACGUCUCCGCUAGCAUCAGUGUUUCAAGGAGUGUUUUGCAGGGAUCUCGCGGCAGUAGGGACUUUACUUUCUCAGACAGGGUAUAAUCAUCCAAUGCCAAUUCCAAUACAAGUGAAGUAUGAAGCAUUGAGCUGUUGAUUGACGAUGAGCUAUGAGUUAUGGGGAAGUUAUUGAUGAAUAAGUGGGAGAUGCAGAUAAAAGUGGCUUUGAAAUGUUGAUAGACCGGCGGGAGAAUGUGAUUGUUGCGACAUGUACGAAUCGGUACCACCGCCCGGGGAAAAAUUUUGUUACUAGUACUCUCUUGUUUUAUUUUCCAAGAAAUUAUUUUCUAUGUUUGGUACCUGUACAGAUUUUAUAUCAUUUCUAGUACUUGAACCUUUUUCCUCCUUUUGAAAAUGGAUCGAG